AUGGCGGGGGUGCAGGAAGAUCUGGCUGGGACGUAUGGGGCGCUGCUGUUAGGAGGGUUUCUAUCCGCAUGCCUCACAGGCGUUGUAGGCGUCCAAACCCUCCUCUACUUCAAAAUCUUCCCAAUGGACAGGCUUCUCCCAAAGCUCCUGGUCGCCGUUGUCUGCCUUCUCGAUAUGACGCAUAGUGCGAUGGUCUGGGCAGGCAUUUGGGAACACCUCAUCGUUCGGCCUAGGACACUGGAACAUAGCGAUUUCAUUCCGGCUCCUAUCUCAUUGAGCAUCGUCACUACGGGCUUCCUCACGUUCUUGGUGCACCUAUUUUUCGCAGAGAGGAUACACAGAUUGAGUGGAGGGAGAUGGAUACUUACUGUCACCGUCAUCCUCAUCGCUGGCGCGCGGUUAGGUUUUGCGUGUGCAACCGCCGGUCAGAUGUUGAGGCUGAAGAGCUUUGCGAAAUUCGUGGUCGUUUCCAGCUGGACCUUCACGCUCGGAUUGGCGCUCUCUUCUGCGGUGGACCUCAUCGUAACAGUAUCUCUAUUCCUACUACUGAGAGAUACCGUUGGACCCGAUACACUGAGACUGGGGAGGAUCAUUGACUCCCUCGUCAUGUAUACGAUUGAAAUAGGCUCCAUGACCUUGUGGGUAGCCUGUCCUCUCUUGAUCCAUGUGUUGCUAAUGGCGAUUUACAGCAUCUUCACGGUCAUUUCUAUGAUCUGUUGGUUGGCCAUGCGUCACAAUCUCGUCUUCCUGGGACUUCAUUUCAUCAUUGGAAAGCUCUACGCCAACUCCCUCCUGGCCACGUACGCCCAUCCCAUCCUCUACAUCCCCCGAGGCAAACCGCAGAACCCUUACGCUACUUCUGGCUUUCCCUUACAGGUUAAACACCCGGCGGACACUUCGUAUCUCCCAACGUCGCCUAAAUGA